UUUUUCUCAGGGAAAUCUUCCCCUGUUAUGACAGUAUCUCAUGGACAGGGGGACCGAAUAUCCAACGGCAGUUCCAUCACCCAGUUCCUCCUCCUGGCAUUCACAGACACACGGGAGCUGCAGCUCUUGCACUUCUGGCUCUUCCUGGGCAUCUACCUGGCUGCCCUCCUGGGCAACAGCCUCAUCAUCAUCACCGUAGCCUGUGACCAGCACCUCCACACCCCCAUGUACUUCUUCCUCCUCAACCUCUCCCUCCUUGACAUGGGCUCCAUCUGCACCACUGUCCCCAAAUCCAUGGCCAAUUCCUUCUGGGACACCAGGGUCAUCUCCUAUCAAGAAUGCAUUGCCCAAGUCUUCCUGUUUGCCUUCCUGGUUGGAGCAGAGUUUUAUCUUCUCACCAUCAUGUCCUAUGACCGCUAUGUUGCCAUCUGCAAACCCCUGCACUACGGGACCCUCCUGGGCAGCAGAGCUUGUGUCCACAUGGCAGCAGCUGCCUGGGGCACUGGGUUCCUCUGUGCUGUGCUGCACAUUGCCAACACAUUUUCACUACCACUCUGUUACGGCAAUGCUGUAGACCAGUUUUUCUGUGAAAUCCCCCAGAUCCUCAAGCUGUCCUGCUCAGACACCUACCUCAGGGAAGCUGGGUUUCUGGUGGUUAAUGUCUUAAUUAUUUUUUCAUGCUUUGUUUUCAUUGUGCUGUCCUAUGUGCAGAUCUUCAGGGCCGUGCUAAGGAUCCCCUCUGAGCAGGGACAGCACAAAGCAUUUUCCAUGUGCCUCCCUCACCUGGCUGUGGUCACCCUGUUUGUCAGCACUGGCAUGUUUGUCUAUUUAAAGCCCCCCUCCAUUUCCUUCCCAUCCCUGGACCUGGCAGUGUCAUUUCUGUACUCUGUGGUGCCUCCAGUAGUGAACCCCCUCAUCUACAGCAUGAGGAACCAGGAGCUGAAAGUUGCACUGAAAAAAUUGAUUCAGUCAUUUUUCUUUUGGCAGCAAUAA